AUGCUCGGAGAGGUGCUGACGAAGGAUGACUUGCUGCUGCGGUGCGCGCCGUGGGGGAACGUGUGCGUGGUGUACGGCACGCACUACGUCCCGAUCGCGCUGCCGAGCAUCGUGGGAUCGUUAGUGCUGUUCGCGCCGCUGGUGUGGGCGGUGAAGGAGGUGCGCGCGAGAGAUGUGGAGAUUUUUAAGUUGAGAGAACGCCUGGGCGAGACCGACGACGAGACGUAG